GGCUUCAACCAAGGAAUUCCGUCGGCCCAGACCAGCCCUAAUAAAGUCUCCUUCCUUCCGUCCUCUCUCUCUCUCUCUCCCUUUCUGCGCAAGGAAUUCUGUCAACAACAGAGCAUUCGUCUCCUUCGUCCUCUUCUUCGGUUUCUUCAGGCGUGUGAUAAAUCUGGUUGAAAUUCAGCAACAAGAAUGAGGCUUCUGACACAUAACAUGCUUUCCUCAAAUAUUAAAGGGGUGACGAGCGGUUUCCCUUUACGGAUUGAAGUUGAGAAAGUGGUGCAAAAGGAGGUGGAAUUCAAUGCAGACUUCCUCAGGAACAUGUUUGCCAAGAUUGAAUGGAGUGCCUUGGUGGAGGCCUCCAAAACCAUGGGCUACUCUGAGCUGCCAGAUAGUGCUGAAUCCUCCAUGCUCGAUUCUGAUGAGUUCCUCCACCGGUUCCACCAUGCUCUGCUUGAGUUGCAUCUCGAGGAGGGGGCAUUGAUCUGUCCCGAGACAGGUCGCAAGUUCCCUGUCAACAAGGGAAUCCCCAAUAUGCUUCUUCAUGAAGAUGAAGUCUGAUUGUGCCGUGCCACCCAUUUGGAGCCUUUUGCUCUAUGUUUAAAGCUAAGAGUAUGUUUGAAGGGAUAGCUCACUUUGAAAAAAAAUUGUCGGGCAUUUGCAUAUUAUCUGCCUUAGUCAGCCUUUUUUCUGUGUUUGUAUGAUAGAAGCAGUUAGAGUCCAUGAGAUAGUUGCUGAAAUUUUGGCUGCUGGAUACUUUGCUUGAUUACAUGGGCUGAAUGAAUUUAAAUUUCAUUAUAUUUGA